AUGGUCCACGGCCGUUCCACGGCGCUUGCCAAGCUGACGGUUGGGGCGAUACUGACGAGCGCCUGGCCGCAUCUUCCUCCGGGCUUUGCCUCCGUGCAGUCCGCUGAAAGCCGUCUUGCGCAACUUCGUCGGGAUCAUCGCUGGUCCUUGGAGGAGCUUCUGGCACAGAUUCAGCGAGCGCCGAGGGGCACACAGACGUGUGUUCUUAUUGAUGGCCCGCAGUACGCCUCCAACGUGGGCUCCGUUUUGCGCCAGGCGGCGGUGCUGCAGUCACCUUCCGACGUGCUUGCGGCGGUCUUGCUGGCCUCCUCAAAGUCAUCACCGCACUCAGAAAGAAGUGCAAGCUUUCCUUCUGAGAAGUUCCUGAAGAACGUGGUUCGCAUUUCGCUUGCAGACAGGCAAGCCCUCAGACGUGGUGCUGCCCGCCUCGUCGUGUCACCGGGUGAUCCGCGGCCUGCACUUCGGGAGCUUCAGCGUGCAGGCUACCAUCUCGUUGGUUUGGAGAAUUUGGAGGCUUGCUCGGUUCCGAGCCUUCCCCUUUGGUCUUCGCCCUUGUCUCACUCGAAGCUGUGCUUCGUGGCUGGUGGCGAGGCUCAGUCGCUGUCGACCGAGAUUCUGGACAUGUGUGACCAGCAGUGCCACAUCCCUGCCCUGAACUUUGAUAUGGCCGGCACCAAAUCCGAACGGUUGGAGCUGGGGCAAGAGAGCCAUACCCCGUCCCUGAACUUGGCACACGCAGUUGUCAUUGCCCUGUACGAGCGGCGGCGGCAGCUGAGCCUGGAGGGGAGCUUCGCACCUUCGAGCUGA